ACAAACUCCUUUAUUUUUACACUUUUCUACCCUUAUAGAAACCAAAAGCCCUAAGUUUUCAAUACACCUCAAGUAUGAGUCGAUCAAUUCCUCUACGCUUUCAGUACCAUAAAUCCUCAAGCACUUUGCCGGACCCUAAUUCAUCAAUGAAAUUUUUAUUAUAAGUAGGCCAAAACUCCACGGUUAUUAACGUGAAACCCUCAAAAUUGAAUUAAAUCUUGUGCUUGCUCUUCCUUCGUUCUCUGUCUCUCUCUCAAAUCCCCCUAAUGGCGCUCUGGUUGAGUGGAGUUCAAUACAGCCAGGUGGGUAGCGCUCCAAUUCGAUCAAGUACCGCGAAUUUGAUAAAAAAUCUUGGCGUACCAGGUUCAAUUUGGUACGUAUCUGGUUCAAUUUGCUCAUUGAUCUUGGUCUGUAAUUCGAAUAUGUUUGAUUGUUGUUUGUGUCUGAAUGAAAGAAAGAAGAAGAGGUGUAGUGGGCUGGUAAUGUGAAAAAGGAGCGGCUGGUAGAAAUAUUAGGGUUUUUGGGUUGUUUAGUGAAGAAAAAGAAAUAAAAAGAAUAGGUCGUGUGUGCAGCUGUAAAAGCAUUUCUAGGGUUUUAGGUUUUGUUUUUUCUUAUUGGUGGAAAAAAUGGUAAGGUUGGGGUUAUAUUGUUUGACAGCCAAGGGGUUUUCAAUAAAUCAGAUAAAAAAAAUUAAUGUGUGUUUUUAGAACUUUUUGUUUACGUUUUCUAUUGGUAAUAUGAAUUUGGAUUUUGGUUAUUUGGAUUUGUAAUUUCUGUUUUAAUUUGUGUAUACCGAACCGGACUCAAUGGUUCACCGUACCGGAUCGUACCGAAAUGAACCUACCCCUUUCGUACCGAAUUCGUCCUAUCUCGCGAAUCGCAAACCCGAAUCGCAUUCUCGAACCAGAGCGAACCGCGAAUUAGGUGACUACAUGAGACUUCUAUAAUAGCAGCUCUUAUGGCAAUGCAUCAUCAAAAGUCGAUUGUUUUAUCUGGCGCCUUCAGUGCACUGUUCGUGAUGACGAUACUGUCUACAGGGCUUGGUAGGAUUUUUCCAAAUUUGAUAUCUAGGAAGCAGACAAACAAUGCUGCUACAGCUCUUUAUGCCUUUUUUGGGCUGCGUUUGCUCUAUAUAGCUUGGAGAUCAGAUUCAAAAGCAUCUCAGAAGAAGGAGAUGGAAGAGGUAGAAGAGAAACUUGAGUCUGGACAAGGAAAAACAGCUGCCCGACGGUUCUUUUCUAGAUUCUGUACGCCUAUUUUCUUGGAGUUUGAUGCAUUGGUAGCUGCUCUUCUGUUUUUCGAAGGAGGUGAGGAAGCUCAGCUGAAAAAAAAUUGAAGAACUUAAGAUAAUGAAUCUUUUUGUGAAGGCUGAAAAUGAUCUUGUUGGUCAAGAACUUCAAAAGCAACUUGAGGCUGCAGGCACUUCUUUCUCUGUGCUCAACUAGCAGUCUGGCAUCUAUUUUACACUGUGAUGAGUUUAAUGUUUGGCCAAUGCUGGAAUACUUAUGGACACGACUGAUGUUGCUGAUGGACAUACGCUAAGGGUCAUGUUUGAAGGUGUUAUUACCUUGCAUGUACUUAUAAUUAGAGGAAUUCGAGUAUUGUUCAUAUUUCAUAGUUGCUCCUAGGUAACGAAAUAAACCGUUGAUAGUUUCUGUUCUUUGUUCGAACAUUAUGUACUUUAAGGUUGAGUCUUCAGGAUCAUCCCUUUAAAAACAAAAAACAGUUGCUCCUAGGUAAGGUUAUCAACCGUUGAUAGCUUCUGUUCUUUGUUCGAACAUUAUGUACUUUAAAAUUGGUUAAAGGAGUGUUGGCUAUUACGGUA